AUGGAGAGCGCGUACGUGCGCACGACGCAAGAAGUCCUCAGCCAUUUCCAGGUCACCGAGGCACACGGCCUCUCCGACGACCGCGCCAAGGAGCAGCAGCAAAAGUACGGAAAGAACGCACUCCCUGAAGAUCCCCCGACCCCGCUAUGGGAGCUGGUGCUCGAGCAGUUCAAGGACCAGCUGGUCCUCAUCCUGCUCGGCUCCGCUGCCGUGUCCUUUGUCCUGGCGCUGUUCGAGGAGGGCGAUGAUUGGACCGCCUUCGUAGAUCCCGUUGUUAUCCUGACCAUCCUCAUCCUCAAUGCCGUCGUCGGCGUGUCCCAAGAAAGCAGCGCCGAGAAAGCCAUCGCCGCCCUCCAGGAAUACUCCGCAAAUGAGGCGAAGGUUGUGCGUAAUGGAUCCGUGAAGCGCAUCAAGGCCGACGAUCUCGUCCCUGGCGACAUUGUCUCCAUUUCUGUGGGUGACCGCAUCCCGGCCGACUGCCGCCUGCUUUCCAUCCAGAGCAACAGCUUCAGCGUCGACCAGUCGAUUCUCACCGGUGAGAGCGAGAGCGUGGGCAAGCGCGCGGACGCUAUCAAGGACAAGGAUGCUGUCAAGCAGGAUCAGGUCAACAUGUUGUUUUCCGGCACUACGGUCGUUACCGGACACGCCACGGCCAUUGUCGUCCUCACUGGCGGCAGCACGGCUAUCGGAGAUAUCCACGAGAGCAUCACGGCGCAGAUCUCCGCGCCCACGCCGCUCAAGGAGAAGCUGAACGACUUUGGCGACAUGCUCGCCAAGGUCAUCACCGGUAUUUGCGUUUUGGUCUGGGUUAUCAACAUCAGGAACUUCAAUGAGCCUGCUCAUGGCAGCUGGAUCAGGGGCGCCAUCUACUACCUCAAGAUCGCGGUCUCGCUUGGUGUUGCUGCAAUUCCCGAAGGUCUUGCGGUGGUUAUCACCACUUGCUUGGCACUGGGAACUCGCAAGAUGGCGGCCAAGAAUGCUGUCGUCCGUAGUCUGCCCUCCGUCGAGACGCUUGGCAGCUGCAGCGUGAUUUGCUCGGAUAAGACUGGAACUCUUACCACCAACCAGAUGAGCGUCAACAAGGUCGUCUUCGUCAACGAAGAUGGCUCUGGCCUCGAGGAAAUUGACGUUGAGGGAACCAACUUUGCCCCGGAAGGUGCUUUGACCUUUAGGGGCCAGCCUUUCCAAAACCCCGCCGGCGCUUCUUCCACUAUUGCUCAGCUGACUGAGGUUGCUGCUCUUUGCAACGAAGCUAAGCUUGCUUACGACCCCAAGAAUGGCACGUACAACUUGGUCGGAGAACCCACCGAGGGCGCCCUUCGCGUUCUGGUUGAGAAGAUCGGAACCCCGCAAGGCGCCAUCAACGCCAGGAGGAGCAGCAUUUCCCUGGCCGAGCGUGUCCACUGGGCCAGCAAGCACUACGAGGAGAAGAGCCGUGUCCUUGCUACCUAUGAGUUCUCGCGCGACAGGAAGAGCAUGUCCGUUUUGGUCCAGAAUGGAGGCAGCCAGAAGCUGUUGGUUAAGGGUGCUCCGGAAUCGAUCCUUGACCGUUGCACUCACGUUUUGGUCGGCCAGCAGGGACAGAAGGUCCCUCUCAACGGCAAGCUCUCUAGCCUGAUCUCUAGCGAAGUCGUCGAUUAUGGUAACCGUGGCCUUCGUGUCAUCGCCCUCGCUACUGUUGACAACGUCGACUCGAAUCCGCUCCUGAAGACCGCUACGACCACCAAGGAGUACACCCAGCUCGAGCAGAACAUGACUCUGGUCGGCCUCGUUGGCAUGCUCGAUCCCCCUCGUCCUGAAGUCUCUGAAUCCAUCCGCAAGUGUCGCCAGGCUGGUAUCCGUGUUAUUGUCAUCACUGGUGACAACCAGAACACCGCCGAAUCCAUCUGCCGUCAAAUUGGCGUCUUCGGUUUCGACGAGGACCUUACUGGCAAGAGCUACACCGGAAGACAGUUCGACGAUCUGAGCGACUCUGAAAAGCUCGAGGCUGCCAAGCGCGCGUCUUUGUUCUCUCGCACCGAGCCUUCCCAUAAGUCUAAGCUUGUCGACCUCCUGCAAUCUACUGGCGAAGUCGUGGCGAUGACGGGUGACGGUGUCAACGAUGCCCCUGCCUUGAAGAAGGCAGACAUCGGUGUUGCCAUGGGCUCUGGUACGGACGUUGCUAAGCUGGCGGCCGAUAUGGUCCUUGCAGACGACGACUUUGCAACCAUCGAGAGUGCUGUCGAGGAGGGCCGUUCCAUUUACAACAACACCCAGCAAUUCAUUCGCUACCUGAUCUCGUCGAACAUUGGAGAGGUUGUCUCUAUCUUCCUUACUGCCGCGGCAGGUAUGCCUGAGGCUCUCAUUCCUGUUCAGCUGCUUUGGGUCAACCUCGUCACCGACGGUCUUCCCGCCACUGCCCUCUCCUUCAACCCGCCUGAUCACGACGUCAUGAGGCGCCGGCCGCGUAAGAGGGAUGAGGCGCUCGUUGGCGGCUGGCUCUUCUUCCGUUACAUGGUCAUCGGCACCUACGUCGGUAUCGCAACUGUCUUCGGUUACGCUUGGUGGUUCAUGUUCAACCCUGCCGGCCCGCAGAUCAGCUUCUACGAGCUGUCGCACUUCCACCGCUGCUCCACCCACUUCCCCGAGAUCGGCUGCGAGAUGUUCUCCAACGAGAUGAGCAAGUCAGCCUCGACCGUCUCGCUCAGCAUCCUCGUCGUCAUCGAAAUGUUCAACGCCAUGAACGCGCUGAGCAGUAGCGAGUCGCUGCUCACGCUGCCGCUGUGGGAGAACAUGGUGCUUGUGUACGCCAUCACGCUCAGCAUGAUUCUGCACUUCGCGCUGCUGUACAUCCCGUUCCUGCAGGGCCUGUUCUCCAUCACGCCGCUGAACUGGGGUGAGUGGAAGGCGGUGCUGGCGAUCAGUGCGCCGAUCAUUGGCAUUGACGAGGUUCUCAAGCUUGUCGAACGCCAGUUCUUCAUGACGAAGCUUCCCGCCAAGUCCGCGAAGCCGAAGAAGGAGUAA